AUGGCUCAAAUUCCUCACGGGGUAAUUAUGAAGGAUAGCGACUUCUCCAGAGUUUUUCACGGCGAAAAAGUACUUGAAGGAAAUUUCAUUUCGAAAAUAACUUCAAAGGAUAAAGAGGCUCAUGAGGAAGUAGUGAACGGGUAUUUGAAUUUUUGGCAAAAAAAAGACCCCGUAUCGGAUACUGAGCAAGAGAAAAACGAACGUACGGAAAACUGUACGACUUUGACAAACUCUUAUUAUGAUAUUGCGACUGACUUUUAUGAGUAUGGAUGGGGUAGCUCCUUUCAUUUUUGUCGCUUUUAUCGCGGCGAGAAUUUUUUCCAUGGUAUUACACGACAUGAACAUUAUUUGGCCAUGCAAUUAAAUCCCAAACCAGACAUGAAAAUAUUGGAUAUAGGAUGUGGUGUUGGCGGUCCAGCUCGAGAAAUUUGUCGUUUCACCGAUGCUGAUAUUGUCGGUUUAAAUAACAAUGCGUAUCAAGUUCAACGUGCUACCCAUUACUCAAAGAAAGCCGGCCUCGAAUCAAAAACAAAGUUUAUCAAGGGCAAUUUUAUGGAAAUGCCCUUCGAAGACAAUAGUUUUGAUGCGGUGUAUGCAAUUGAAGCCACAUGUCACGCACCGAAACUAGAAAAAGUAUACUCGGAAGCUUUUCGCGUUUUAAAACCUGGUGGAAAGUUUGCCAUCUAUGAAUGGUGUCUGACUGACAAUUACGAUCCUGAAAAUGAAGAACACAGAAAAAUUAAAGGCGAUGGCAUUCCCGAGUUAUUCCCAAUUUCUGUAGCAACACAAGCAUUCAAAAAUGUUGGUUUUGAAAUUGUAACUGCUGCUGACUUGGCAGAUAAUGACGAUGAAACUACGUGGUAUAGUCCUUUAGAAGGUGAUUUUCGUAAAGUGCAAUCACUAUGGGAUUGCUUCACGGUAUUUAGGAUGAAUUCGGUAGGAAAGUUUAUUACCAGAGCGAUGGUUGGUUGUCUUGAGCAAAUUGGUAUUGCGCCUGUUGGCUCCCUUGAAACCCAAGCAGUACUAGAAACAGCUCAAGAUAGUCUUAUCGCUGGAGGUGAAAUGAAACUUUUCACUCCGAUGUUCAUGUUGGUUGGCAAGAAACCUGUCUCGUAA